AUGUUUAUCAGAAGAGCAAGAGCUCUCUUAAAAUGUAGAAAUGUCAUUACAUUUUUAGGAGAAGCGCCGACCUUCCCAAGAUGGCGGGCGCCGGAGGCCGCACUUCCGCUUCCGGGUCAGCGGCCGGCCCGGCUGGGGGGGCCAAGAUGGCGGCGGCAGUCAGGUCCGCGGCCGCUGGUGCGAGCUGCCGCCGGGCUCCGGCCCAGCCUGGCUCCUUCAGCCUUUCGCCGUGCUGAGGUGUGGGCGGCUCGAGGGGUCGUCGCCACCACGCACUUGGGUCGUCACGGAGGACGGCAGAUCCAGCAGCAGGUGGAUUCACCAAUGAACUUGAAGCAUCCUCAUGACUUAGUUAUAUUAAUGAGACAAGAAACAACAGUUAACUACCUCAAAGAAUUGGAGAAGCAAUUAGUUGCUCAAAAGAUUCACAUAGAAGAGAAUGAGGACAGAGAUACAGGACUGGAACAGAGACAUAAUAAAGAGGAUCCAGACUGCAUCAAAGCCAAGGUGCCCUUAGGAGACCUGGAUCUGUAUGAUGGCACGUACAUAACUUUGGAGAGCAAAGACAUCAGUCCUGAAGAUUAUAUAGACACAGAAUCUCCUGUACCUCUAGAUCCUGAGCAACCUGAUUGUACUAAAAUUCUAGAGCUACCAUAUAGUAUACAUGCCUUUCAGCACUUGAGAGGCGUACAAGAAAGAGUGAAUCUUUCUGCACCUUUAUUGCCUAAAGAAGAUCCAAUCUUCACAUAUUUAUCUAAACGAUUAGGAAGGAGUGUAGAUGAUAUAGGGCACCUCAUUCAUGAAGGUUUACAGAAGAACUCUUCCUCCUGGGUUCUGUAUAACAUGGCUUCAUUUUAUUGGAGAAUCAAGAAUGAGCCAUACCAGGUUGUGGAGUGUGCCAUGCGAGCACUUCACUUCUCUUCCAGGCACAAUAAAGACAUUGCCCUGGUAAACUUAGCAAAUGUGCUGCAUAGAGCGCAUUUCUCUGCUGAUGCUGCUGUUGUGGUUCAUGCAGCUCUGGAUGACAGUGACUUCUUCACAAGCUAUUACACUUUGGGGAAUAUAUAUGCAAUGCUUGGGGAGUAUAACCACUCUGUGCUCUGUUAUGACCAUGCUUUGCAAGCCAAACCAGGAUUUGAGCAAGCUAUAAAGAGGAAGCAUGCUGUUUUGUGUCAGCAAAAACUUGAGCAGAAAUUAGAAGCUCAACAUAGAUCCCUCCAGCGAACACUGAACGAGUUGAAAGAGUAUCAGAAGCAGCAUGACCACUACCUGAGACAACAGGAGAUCCUAGAAAAACACAAGUUAAUUCAGGAGGAGCAGAUCUUACGAAAUAUCAUUCAUGAGACCCAAAUGGCAAAAGAGGCACAAUUAGGGAAUCAUCAGAUAUGUCGCCUGGUCAAUCACCAGCAUAGUUUACAUUGCCAGUGGGACCAGCCUGUACGCUACCAUCGAGGCGAUAUCUUUGAAAAUGUUGACUAUGUUCAGUUUGGUGAGGAUUCGUCAACCUCCAGUAUGAUGUCUGUGAAUUUUGAUGUUCAGGCCAAUCAGAGUGACAUCAUUGAUUUGGCUUCCCCAGUAGCCCAUUCCAUUCUCUGGAUCUGGGGCCGGGACUCUGAUGCUUACAGGGACAAACAGCAUAUUCUGUGGCCUAAAAGGACAGACUGUACAGAAAGCUACCCUAGAGUCCCCGUCGGUGGGGAAUUGCCAACCUACUUUCUACCUCCAGAAAACAAAGGACUCAGGAUCCACGAACUCCACAGUGGCGAUUAUUCUUCCGAAGAAGAAGCCCAAACCCCUGACUGUUCCAUAACUGACUUCAGAAAAAGCCACACCCUGUCCUACUUAGUCAAAGAAUUAGAGGUUCGCAUGGAUCUGAAAGCCAAAAUGCCAGAUGACCAUGCUCGAAAAAUUUUGCUUGCCCGUAUUAAUAACAGUACUAUCCCAGAAGAAGAAAUUGGGUCUUUCCUAUUUCAUGCUAUUAACAAGCCAAAUGCUCCCAUCUGGCUGAUACUCAAUGAGGCUGGACUCUACUGGAGAGCGGUGGGAAAUAGCACCUUUGCCCUUGCGUGUCUUCAGAGAGCUUUGAACUUGGCUCCACUUCAGUAUCAGGACGUUCCUCUUGUCAACUUGGCCAAUCUUCUGAUUCACUAUGGCCUGCAUCUCGAUGCCACUAAACUACUGCUUCAGGCCUUGACCGUCAAUAGCUCAGAGCCCCUGACCUUUUUGAGCUUGGGAAAUGCUUACCUUGCUUUGAAGAAUAUCAGUGGGGCACUGGAGGCCUUUAGACGGGCCUUGAAGUUAACAGCCAAGUGCCCAGAGUGUGAAAGCAGCCUGAAGUUGAUCCGCUGUCUGCAGUUCUACCCUUUUCUCUACAAUACCACCUCAUCUCUUUGCAGUGGUCAUUGUCAUGUGAAAGCCCUGGACCACAGCCAUGACACACAGAAAUAUUUUGACAACUCACAGUCACUGGAUGCUGCUGAAGAAGAACCGUCUGGGGCAGGAACAGACGAGGUGCCUGUACUCUCUGCUGAGAAUGCAGGGAGGGACUCAGAUGCCCUUAGACUUGAAAGUACCGUGGUUGAAGAGAGCAAUGGCUCAGAGGAGAUGGAGAAUUCAGAUGAAACAAAAAUGUCUGAAGAGAUCCUGGCUUUGGUGGAUGAAUUUCAGCAGGCCUGGCCUCUGGAAGGCUUUGGGGGAGCACUGGAGAUGAAGGGGAAACGUCUGGACUUGCAGGGCAUCCGGGUACUGAAGAAAAACCCCCAGGAUGGAGUGGCCAAAAGCUCUUGUUUCGGAGACUGCAGAAGUGAAGAUGACGAGGCCACAGAAUGGAUCACAUUCCAGGUCAGACGUGCCAAGAAACCCAAAGGAGACCCCAAGAAAACUCCUGGGGAAAAGGUAGAAUCAAAUCAAGCCGAAAAUACACACCGCUACCAAGGGAACCUAGAGAUCACUGGCCCGAAGGUAGCAUCUCCUGGCCCACAAGGAAAGAAGCGUGACUACCAGAGUCUGGGAUGGCCCAGCCCAGAUGAGUGUGUCAAACUUCGAUGGGUGGAGCUGACGGCCAUCGUCAGCACCUGGCUUGCAGUUUCUUCAAAAAACAUUGACAUCACAGAACACAUAGAUUUUGCCACACCGAUCCAGCAGCCCGCGGUGGAGCCUCUGUGUAAUGGGAAUCUCCCCACCAGCAUGCACACCCUGGACCAUUUGCACGGGGUUUCCAACCGUGCCAGCCUGCACUACACAGGAGAGAGUCAGUUAACAGAGGUCUUACAAAAUCUUGGCAAAGACCAAUAUCCACAGCAAUCCCUUGAGCAGAUUGGUACCCGGAUUGCCAAAGUUCUGGAAAAGAACCAGACAUCCUGGGUCCUUUCCAGCAUGGCAGCCUUGUACUGGAGAGUGAAAGGCCAGGGCAAGAAAGCCAUUGACUGCCUCCGCCAGGCUCUGCACUAUGCCCCGCAUCAAAUGAAGGACGUGCCCCUCAUCAGCCUGGCCAAUAUCUUGCACAACGCCAAGCUCUGGAACGACGCAGUCAUCGUGGCCACCAUGGCCGUGGAGAUCGCACCCCACUUUGCCGUGAACCACUUCACACUUGGAAACGUCUAUGUAGCAAUGGAAGAGUUUGAAAAGGCACUGACGUGGUACGAGUCAACACUGAAGCUGCAGCCUGAGUUUGUCCCGGCCAAAAAUCGAAUUCAGACCAUCCAGUGUCACUUAAUGCUGAAGAAGGCCCGGCGCACCCCUUAACAGCCCCUCCAUACUCAAACUCACUCACUCAAUCUCUCUCUCACUCACUCUCUCUUUCUCAUUCACUCUCAUUUUCUCUUUCUCUCUUUCUUUAGCAGACCUUCCACACACACUCUCUUCAUUUCUCUCUCUCUCUCUCCUCAAAGUCCUUUAAAGAAAAAGAGAAUAAGGAAAGAAAUCAAUCAUUGUCAGUAUCUCCCUUUAAUGAUGUCUGUAAGAUGCCUGAGUAACAGGACUUUUAUGUACAUGGGAAUUGGUCUGUUUUUGUUUAAGUUUCUCCUCCUCGCCCCCUCUCCCCGCCCCCAGUCAACCUCAAAAACACAAAUUGACUCCAAGACUCCAAGGGAAAUGCUGCUUAAAGAGAUCGUGUAAAUACCGAGCUAGGACCUCUGGAGCUGUAUUCUAAUCUCCGAACCCCGAUGCCUUUAGGGCACCUCUCUUUGGUCCAGCUGACUCCUCCUUUAGCGCAGAGAGCCCUGAACCCACAGCAACCCCCCCCCUGCUUCCUGUGUCACCUCUGUUGUCCCAUGGAAAGGCCAAAGCCCAUUAUCCGGUGCCAGGCACUAAGAUUCACCACCUCCCCUACCCGCCCAUGCCACCUCGGGGCCAGCACAGUCUCGCCCGUUCCAUGUCACUAGGUUAAAAAGCUCUCAGACAUAGUUUGCAGGGGGAGGAAGGGCCCCGAACCCAGUAUUUACCACCACACACCUCCGGCCCAUGACCUUUGUCACAUUCUUUAUGUCGGGGAGGGAGGGGGGCUGAGCGGGGGCAUCAGCACAACAUCUAUUAUCAUUUGUACUUUAAUUACAAACCCCAAAGCUACCAAUAUGUGGAAAGCCUCCAUAACCGGUUUAUAUAUGUAGAAUAUGUAUAUUUGAAGCCCUCUGCAGACGGAGUCUCUGUUUCCCUAACUCUUCGUUCUCUGUGUUAUCUCUCUUGGAAUAAGGGGUGCGUAUUAACUCCCUCUCUCCCUGGCUCCUCGGGGGAGAUUGAGGGAGGCCCAGGCUGGACUGUUUCCGUACCAUGCUUUUACCUCUGGUCCCAGGAGAAUCAGAAAUUCCAAGCAUUUUGGAAUCUUCAGGGGCACAUACUUAGAACAAAAAUAAACGUUUAUGAGCAAAGUCAA